AUGGACCCCAGACACCCAAUCUAUGUGAGGCGAGACCCCAGCAUCCCCACCUACGGACUCCGGCAGUCUAUCUUACUGAACAGCAGGCUUCAGGACUGCUAUGUGGAUUCCCCAGCUCUCACCAACAUCUGGACGCCCAGGACAUGUGCAAAGCGCACCGUCAGUGCCCCAGCACCAGGGACCACCUCUUCCUGGGAAGUUGUCAAGAAUCCGUUCAUUACCAGUUCGCUCUCCCUGGUUAAGCUGGUGCUCAGGCGACGACUGAAGGAUCAGUGCCGCCCGGUACCAUGCAAGUCUGGGGAAGCACAACCCUCGAAGCUAGUAGAGCCCAAGGACGAUUCAGCGAUGAAAGCCACUCGGCGGGGCAGGAUGAGGAGCUCCGUCAGCUCCCAGAGCAAGCAGCCCCUAGGACAGCAGCCGGGCUCACCGAGGCGCAGGAGGCCUGCAGGAAGCCACAACGAGAGUAAAGAAAGUUCAAAGGAGGAAAAAGUAACAGUCAGCCAAGAUCUUGAGAGCAGAUAUGCCGAACAUGUGGCCGCCACCCAAGCGCUACGCAGGGACGCGGGGACAGCAGCCUGGAAGGGCCAGGCGUUGCUUCCUGAAGCCAGGAAGAGACAACAGUUGUCAGACAUGCUAACCAUCCACGGCCUCCCCACAGAGGGUUACCGGGCUCUGUACCAUGCUGUGGUCGAGCCGAUGCUGUGGAACCCUUCGGGGACCCCCAAGAGGUACAGCUUGGAGCUGGGCAAGGCCAUCAAACAGAAGCUCUGGGAGGCUCUGUGCAGCCAGGCUGCCACCCCUGAAGGUGCUCAGAGGGACUCGUUGCCCGUCAGGACGUGGCUGGAGGUCGACAAGGAGCCUGUGCCCAAGAAGUGGCCCAGGUUAAAGAGGGAGAAAUAGAAACAGGAUCGCACAGAUGAGGCUGUUCUCUGCUAGAUGUCUAAACAAUAAACACCACUUUGCACC